GGCUUUCUCAUCACUGACUGUGUCUCAUCUUGAGCAUGGGGACUGACCCGCCCGACCUGAAUUAGUAUUUAAUACAAACGAAAGCAACAGAACGAGAGAGAGAAAAAAAAACUCUGUGACUGCAGUCGGCCAGAAAUUGGCGGUGUGCUUUCAAAGGGUGUAGUGCUUGAGCGCGCUUGUGCGGGUGGCCUCCUCAUGAGCUGGUUCAAUUCCCUGCGGAGGGAUCGCAAGAAGCGCCGGCCGCCCCUGCAGGGAAGCAUUCGAGAGGACAGCACCGCCGAGCCCGCACCCGACGACCGCCCCGGGCACCACCAUGUGCCGCGCUGGUUGCGCACCCUGCAAUUCUCCCGCACCCAUCACUCCACCCUGGAUGUCUCGCAACUCAAAGAUGAGCUCGGCGAGGUGGUCUCCGAGAUGGAGCAGAUGGAAUCGGCGGACGAGAGCAAAAAUAACACGUACAACAAGCAAAUGUCCAUGGGCAGAAAGAAGUUCAACAUGGACCCAAAGAAGGGACUCGAGUUCCUAAUUCAACACGGCCUGGUUCAGGGAACUGCAGAGAGCGUCGCCCAAUUCCUGUACAAAGGCGAAGGCCUCAACAAGACUGCCAUUGGAGAUUACCUGGGAGAGCGCAGUGAAUUCAACGAAGCCGUUCUCCGUGCAUUUGUGGCUCUGCACGAUUUUUCUGAUCUUAUCCUUGUGCAGGCGCUAAGGCAAUUUUUGUGGAGUUUCCGUCUUCCUGGAGAAGCUCAAAAGAUUGACCGCAUGAUGGAGUGUUUUGCGCAGCAUUAUUGUAAACAUAAUCCUGACAUUUUUACGAAUACAGAUACAUGUUAUGUUCUUUCGUUUGCUAUCAUCAUGCUCAAUACAAGUCUUCACAACCCCAGUGUCAAAGAAAAACCCUCAGUAGAGCAGUUUAUUAAUAUGAAUAGGGGAAUCAACAAUGGUGGCGAUCUACCUCGUGAACUUUUAGAGAGUCUUUAUGAGAGUAUCAAAACUGAACCAUUCAAAAUUCCUGAGGACGACGGUAACGACUUGAUGCACACCUUCUUCAACCCUGACAAAGAGGGCUGGCUCUGGAAGCAGGGUGGCCGCAUCAAGAGCUGGAAGAGGCGUUGGUUCAUCCUCAAUGACAACUGCCUCUACUACUUUGAAUACACGACAGACAAGGAACCAAGGGGAAUCAUUCCCUUGGAGAACAUUCAAGUUCGAGAGGCGCAGGACCGUCAGAAGCCGCACUGUUUUGAGCUGCACGCCUCGGGCACUGAAUUUAUCAAGGCCUGCAAAACAGAUUCAGAGGGAAAAGUCGUUGAAGGCAAGCACACUGUUUACCGUAUGUCUGCCGCAACUGAAGAGGAAAAAGACGAUUGGAUCAAAUGCGUUAGGCAAAGCAUCAGCCAUAAUCCGUUCUACGACAUGCUAGCCCAAAGGAAAAAGAAAGCUCAGAAAACCAACUCGCAUCACGGAAAGAGUUAAAAGAGUGGACCGCUAGCAACUCCGUCCCGGCUGGCUGCAGAGAUGGUGCUUACACGCGUGUUUUAUCAUUUUUGUGAUAGAAGACUGACAAGGACUGUCAAACAAAUUUGCAAGCAUGUUGGUCUGCAUCUUUGAUAGAUGCGUCAUUUAUAUUAUUUAUAAAAUAUCUGGUCAUGCAUAGAUGUAUUAUUUUUUUGUUAUUAAUUGAUACACUGAUCUAACUUUAGUGCCCCAGGUACAGUUUUACUGACUGACUGUUCGAUUUUAAUUUUGUAUUCUUUACGCGCCCUCCCCUGGGCUCGAGGCAGAAUAAUUUUUCUCAUCUGUAAUCUGAUGAUUGGGCCUUGCCUCAAGCUGCACAAAAUUUAAUAAGUAAGAAGUGUAAAUAUAGAUUAUACAAACAAUAAAACAUGAAGAAAAUUGUAAU